AUAGAUUUGUGAUUGCGGAAACAUUGCACUACAAAACACGGAGGAUCAAGCCAUACCAAUAAGUUGCAGUGAGAGCGCGUGGGAAAGGCGGGGCCGAGCAGGGUGGCGUCACGCAUCAGGGCGGGGCCACACUAUGCAGCAGCGCAAAGAAGAGCAAGAGGCAGCGCGCUGGAAUUUGGCAACAGAGAUUCGCGUGCAUCACAACACUUCCGAUGGCAAUAUGGAUUGACACAGCGCCCACUGAGAUAUAACAGAGGAGGAAACGGCCACACAGGAGUGUGUCUGGCUGUGUGUGGGUUUCCACCACUCCUGUUACUUAAACUUCAAUAUAACACACACACAUCCUGCCACAAUGUCACGGAGGGAACGGCCGUGGUCGGUGUACAUGUCAAACACUUUAGAGCUUUCCUCAGAAAUGCUUGGACUAGCAUUGGAAGGGAACAGUCAAGAUCCAGAUGAGCCAGUACUGGAGUUCAGUCUUGUCUGCAGCGAGCUGACCACACCGUCUCUGGACCGAAAACCCAACUGUUUUGUCGCUGUGAGCUGUACCACACCUCCUCAGGCUUUCUGGACCAAAUAUGCACAGACAGAAAUCAUUGAGGGUACAAAUAAUCCCAUGUUCCUCAGCAGUGUGGCUUUCUUCCAAGACUCCCACAUUAACCAGCACACACAGGUCAAGCUCUCUGUGUACGAUGUAAAAGAUCGCUCACAAGGAACGAUGUACCUUCUUGGCUCAGCGAUGUUCCCAGUGAAGGAUCUUCUGCUGGAAAAGAACCACAGACUAAACUUACCUCUCAGGUCAGCAGAAAACAAGCAUGUGGGUAGUAUUACAGUCAUCGCCUGGCAGCUAGAGGAGAAGAGAGAUCAGCAUACACCAAUCAAACAACUACAAGACACCAUCAAUGGCAGGACUGUCCUCUCCGUGGAUGAGAGUCUGACAGAAUCUGUGGGAGUCAGAGUGAAAUACGCCUCACUGUGGAAAGACUCCUUUCUACGAUCUGUGUUUGGUGGCACCAUGUCGCGUAUGUACCGUUUUCCAACCACUGAUGGGAAUCAUUUACGGAUCCUGGAACAGAUGGCUGAGAGUGUCCUGUCACUUAACAUCCCACGACAGUUCAUCAAACUCUUAUUGGAAGAGGAUUUCUCCAGGGUAUCUGAGCUGGAAGAGUUGGGGGAGUUAUCACCGUGUUGGGAGAACCUCAGACGGCAAAUCGUGACACAGUACCAGAGCAUCCUUCAGACCUAUCAGGAUACACUCACAGACCUGCAGGACUACAAAGGACCAUCAUUUAAAGCCAGUAAUCUGAAAGCAGAGAGAAAAUUGGAAUUUAUGCCUACCAACCUCCAUGUGCAGAGAAUGAGGGUUCAAGAUGAGUCUGGCUGUGAUCACACCUAUGAUGUGGUUACGAUCGGGGCCCCUGCAGCUCACUGCCAGGGCUUCAAAAACGGUGGUUUGCGGAAACUAUUACAGAAAUUUGAGGAGGCAAAAAAAGUCAUUUAUGAGGAGGAAUGCAGUGCUCUGUCCAGCUCCCAGUCCAUCGUCUACAUCCCUCAGGAUAUUGUCCGUGCCAAAGAGAUCAUCUCCCAUAUCAACACGUUCAAGACUCAGGUCAGCUACUACGCUGAGCGCCUGUCUCGCGCCGCUAAAGAACGCUCCGCUAACGGCAUGGAGAGAACCCUCGCCAUCCUAGCGGAUAAGACACGACAACUGGUGAUGGUGUGUGACUGUAAACUGCUGGCGUCUGCAGUGCAGGCCUUGAACGCAGCUAGACCCGAGUACAUUGCCUCUAAAAACUCACCCUCUGCUGAUUCAGAGCAGGUGGUGCUGAGGAAUGAUCAGGACACUCUACUGGCCAAAUGGAGUGGCAGGAACAGUCGUUCAUCCCUCCAAGUUGAUUGGCAUGAGGAAGAGUGGGAAAAGGUGUGGGGGAAUGUUGACAAAAGUCUAGAGUGUAUCAUCCAGCGAGUGGAUAAACUGCUGCAGAGGGACCGUCUGCACAGCAGCAGCAGUGAGGACAUGUUCCAGACUGACCAGCAAAGUGGCACCAGUAAGAAAGGUAAUGGGAAAACAAAAGCCUUCUGGAUCAACCCUGUCUGCAUGGAGGAGCCUUCCUCGGUCCCUGAACCGCAACAGCAGUCGCCUUCACUAUCGCCGUCACCAUCAUCUUCACCACCCGAUCUGAACCCUGCAUGCCAUGUUAAUGCAGAAACACAUGCCUAUGGCAGCAGCAGCAGUGGAGAGGAGAGUUACCCAGGUGAGUGGAGCGAAGCCCUGUAUCCCCUCUUGACAACCCUAACAGAGUGUGUGGCCAUGAUGAGUGACAAAGCCAAGAAGUCAAUGGUUUUCUUGCUCAUGCAAGACAGUGCACCCACCAUCGCAAUGGACCUCAACCUGCAGUACCGCCGAGACGUGGUCUUCUGCCAGACACUCACAGCACUAAUUUGUGGCUUCAUCAUCAAACUGAGAAACUGUCUCCGUGACGACGGUUUCCUGAGACAGCUUUACACCAUCGGUCUGCUUGCUCAGUUCGAGUGUCUAUUAAGUACUUACGGAGAGGAGUUAGCCAUGUUAGGGGACAUGAGCAUAGGAAUAAUGGACCUGCGGAAUGUGACAUUCAAGGUGACACAGGCCAUCUCUACCUCUUCCCCCGACAUGCUGCCUGUGAUCACCGGAAAUCGAGACGGGUUCAAUGUUCGCAUCCCGCUCCCGGGAAGCAUGUUUGAUGCAUUGCCAAGGGAGAUCCAGAAUGGCAUGCUGCUGCGGGUACAGCCGGUGCUGUUCAACGUGGGCAUCAACGAGCAGCAAACGCUCGCCGAGAAGUUUGGAGACACGUUGCUUCAGGAGCUCAUCAAUGUGGAGAGCCUGGCACGUCUUAGCUCUUACUACCAGCAGUUCAAAGAGGUUUUACCUGAUGACUGUCUUCCUCGCUCUCGUAGUCAGACGUGCCUCCCAGAGCUGUUGCGGUUCCUUGGUCAAAAUGUUCAUGCUAGGAAAAAUAAAAAUGUAGACAUCUUGUGGCAGGCUGCAGAGAUUUGUCGGCGACUGAAUGGAGUACGUUUUACCAGCUGUAAAAGUGCCAAAGACCGCACUGCUAUGUCAGUGACUUUGGAGCAGUGUCUGAUCCUGCAGCACGAGCACGGCAUGGCCCCGCAGGUCUUCACCCAGGCCCUCGACUGCAUGCGCAGUGAGGGCUGCCGCCGUGAGAAUACCAUGAAGAACGUUGGAUGUCGCAAGUAUGCCUUUAACUGUCUGCAGCUGAAGGCCUUUCCUAAACAUUACAGACCUCCCGAUGGCACUUUCGGAAAAGUGGAUACUUGACAAGAUGACUCUUGUUUAGCUAUAAGACCGUUGGAUCAUUAAUUAUGAUGUUACACAAGUCCUGCACAUUCUUCUCUUCUUCAAACUAAGCUACAGUAAAUCCGAUCAACACAUAGGUUAUUUCAAUAUUCACCGAUAGUUAUUGCACAUUUGCAUUUCAAGCGUGAGUUUGAAGUGAAAAUGUUGACUGCAUUGAUUUGUAUUAGUAGUUGCAGACUGAUCAGUUCUUUCAUAAGCUCGAUAUCACCACACAUAUACAUACACAUAAUGCUGUAUUUUAUCUCCUUGGUUCAAUAUAAUGCACAAUGAAGGGUUUAGUCAUUUUCGCUAGAUAUUUCGGAAUCUUGGCCCUUUAUAAUGCAUAGUGGAGAGUUUAGACAUUUAUGCUGUAUUUCAUAUUGUAUUCUUGACUAUCAAUAGCAAACUGUAGUUUAAGCAACACCUACUGCAGCAUAACAGUAUUCAGUGUCAUGGCUAAGAGUUGUCACAUGACUCUUCUUGCCUUGUUUAUCCCUCUCGUGUGGUGUUUGUACAUUGAGGCUCCACCAUUUUCAAGUGUCAUUUUCCAUCCUCCCAUAGACCAGCAGAAGAACUGUUGAGAAAUAAACCAGGCAUUUUUUAGGUUAGCGUUGUGAGUUUUAUUCAUUUUUUUAAACCUCAUACAUUCAGACUGAUCAUGCAUGGUCCAUCCUCUCAGUUGCUUUAACUUUGAGGUUGUCCUUUAUGAAAACAAUGCCCUCUUCAAGUAAAAAUAAUGAACUUCUGGCACAUUUCUUCUGUGGAGCGUAAAAAAAAAUGUUAAAGGCGAUGUGAGAUCAGUGUAUCACUGUGUUCAGCUUCCAGCAACGACUCCUAGAUGAUGCUGUCAUUUUGUGCUGUACUUGCUUUAACAAGAGGUACAUUCAUAAAUGGAAUAUAGGUACAUUGAGAGAGUACAGAAUAGUACUAGGCACUUGUGAAAUUGACUGUGAAAUGUGAAUCUGUUACAGUUGUGCCAAUUUUUGUUAAAAGUUAUUUUGUCGUGCAUAUCACUGUUGAAAUUUCUCAUUUUUGACACUGAUGUCGUUUCAAUUAUUGUACGUUUUUACAAUGUUAUUUAAGAGAGAUAUGCGCACAGAUUUUUGGAUUGAUCUUGAUUUGUAUUUAUUUCUUUUUAUGGUAAUAACCUUAUAUCUUUUAUGAUGCCCUCUUAGAUAUAUUAUGUCUGUCUAGAACAGAAUUCUGCUGUAUUAAAAUGCUAUCAUCAAUAUCUGAUGCCAUUAAAGAGAG